CCGGCGGAAUCCUGCUCCGUAACAAGCGACGCGCCGAGCCGCGCCCCGCGGUCCCGGCUGCGUGGGCCGCUCGGGUGGGGCUGGGCGCUGCGGCUGCGGUGGCUGCCGCCGCAGCGGGCGCGAUGGAGGCCGUGCAGGAGCCCCGCACGCUCGCCGGGGGCGGCCGAGGCAGCCGGAGGGGCUGGUAGAUGCGGCGGCCGCGGCGGCGGCGGCCCGGGCUCUCCAUGAGUGAGCGGCGGCGGCGACGGGUGCGGCGGCACCGGCGGUCUUCGGUCCCACGGGAGGAUGAAGACACUGUUUGAGGAGAUCAAAGCAUCAAUUAAAAAUAACUAUAGCCAAGAUCGAUCAUUUUGGAGGCCUGUCCUUCCUUGGGGAGGAGUUUUUACUAUCAAGGCUGGCCGCAAAGCAGUAUCCUGUACACCCCUCUAUGUUGAAAUCAGACUGAAAAAUACCUGCACCAUAGAUGGAUUCUUGAUGUUACUGUAUGUCAUUCUUAAUGAAAAUGAAAGUUUCCCCAGGGAACUCUCUCUCCAUUUUGGCAGGGAGUUUGUAGACUGUUUUCUUUAUUUAAUGGACACCUACAGUUUUACAACUGUGAAGCUGCUUUGGAUUUGGGACAAGAUGGAAAAACAGCAAUACAAAUCUGAAGUUCAUAAAGCUUCAUUAGUAAUUGAUUUGUUUGGGAAUGAGCAUGAUAAUUUUACAAAAAAUCUUGAAAAUCUCAUGUCUACCAUUCAAGAGAGUUACUGUUGUAACUGGCGCUGCCCGGCCCGAGUGCAGGAAGAUCAGCAGCGCACGAUCAGUAUAAAUCCUCCCCAGGAAAUCCCACAUGGAAACUUGAUACGACUGGCUGUGGACGAGUUAUUCUGUUCCAAGAUUGAACUCUGUGAGGAGCGUGGGUGUGGUGGCUUAAGAGAAUUUUCCCAACGAGUUUUCUGCCACGGGGCACCCCCUUUUGUUGUGUUAAAUAUGCAGCAUUGGAAACCUGAAGAUCUGGCAUAUGUACCCUAUUACUUGGAUUUAUCUGAUCACAAAUAUUUGCUGGAAGGUGCCACUUUAUUUAACAAAGAGGAACAUCAUUAUUCUGCAGCUUUCCAGAUUGAUGGACAUUGGAUGCACUAUGAUGGCCUCAGAAAUGUGAAUUUAAUUUUGUUAAAUAAACCCCCAGAGUUUCUCCUCUUGUCAUCAUUGGUUUAUAUUCGAGCAACAGAGAAAUAAAUAUAGACUGAUGCUGAAUUCAAUCGUUUUCCCGCCUGCCCAUGCUCCCUAGAUGAAGAGCUCUUGUUCUGUAUAUACUUGGUAUCCAAGGAAACAGUUCAACUAUACUAGUUUCAGAGAUGUAUUUUUCAUUGUUUUGCCCCAGGUAAAUGUUUUAUAUGGAAGAUCUAUGCAAAAUGUAUUUUUAAGUAUUUUCUGGGUUAUUUUUAUAUAAGCAUAUGUUAUGUUCAAAUAAAAUAUAUCUUGUGGCCUUUGUAAUUUUUAUUUAUAUAUACCUCAACAGUUUUUACAGUUCUAACCUUAAAUCCAAGAAAACACUUUGUCAUUUCAAUUCUAUAUUUUCCUUUUUAGAUAUCUGGGUAAAUCCGAGGGUAAAAGUCAGAGUUCUGUUUAUCUGGCUCUAUUCCUUUGCCUUACCUCCAAAAGUGCACUAUUGGAUUUAAUAGGAUUUGAAUGUACGGCUUAUGGAUGGCUUAUUUUACCUAUUGCUUAGUUUGUUUUACCCUUUGCUAAUUUCCUUGUGGUAAUUUAAAAAAUAUAUAUGAAAAUGUUUUGUAGAUGUAAGUUGCUGAAAUGUGGCCCACCAGUGCAUUUCAAGCAUUAAGUUAGCCUCUGACUUAAGUUAAUGUGAGCAUUACAGAUAUAUAACAAUCCUAAAUGUCUUAUCAUUAAAUGUAAUGAAAAUUACACUAAGUUAUUUUGUAGACAAGGCAACUAUAAAAAACAUUAGGCUGGAUAUUAGUGGCUAUGACUGGAUAUUAGUGUUGGACUAACAUAGAAAUGUGUUUAUGUACUUAGGAGGAAAUGUUCAGUUUUUAUUAUCACAGAGGAAAAAAUAUUUUUAAAAAAAUUAAAGUAACAUCUGGUUCCUAAUCAUUCCGUCAGGAGGCUUGGGUUUGUGUAAUGCCACGGAUGCAAAUUCACAGGCUUUUCUAGUCAGCAGAAUAUGUGUUUUGUUAUAAGUAACCUAAAAUCACUCAUCUUUUUACAGUUUAAAGGGAAGCUAUUUUCAAGGAAGAAUACUUGACGAACUAUCACUAAUUUUAGUGUUUACAAUAAAAUAACAUUGUUUUUUAUAUUGGGGCAGUAUAUCUGAAGACUUUACAUGACAACAGAGUUCACUGCCAAAUACCAAACUGCUAAGGUUUCAUUAUAAAUCUUGCAUUGCUGUGGUGCCGUCUUGAGAUAGUUUCCUGUAAGGAUGGUAAAUAUGGGUGAAAUCUUGCUAUCACUGUCUCCCUUUGAGUAAAUAUUAUGGAAAUUGUUUUUAAUAGAAGAAGAAGUGGCAUUUUUUAAAAAAAUCACCCAGGGUUUAUUUAUAUAGUUCCCCCAACUACGGUAAAUGGGAUUUAACUUAUAGCAAGCUUUCCUAGUAACGUAUUGCAUGAGUCAAACUAUAAAAAACACAGAUACUAGCGUCUGCAUACAUAAAUGGUAUGGUUACAUUAUUAAUGACUGAGUUAUUCUUAAUGCAGAUUCUUCAGGGAAUUGCACUUUAUUUGGGUCAUUAGCUUAUUGUACAAGGACUUACCUACCUCACAGGGCUGU